AUGAACGUGAGCGUUCGCUGCGAAUUUAGAAUUUUGCUUGCUUGUGCCUCGGAGGGACACAACCCCACUAUAUACCAACGACUGGUGGGCGUACGGGAGUACUAUACGUCGUGGAUGUUGGGUGGCAGUGUAGCCACAUGUGCUAGAGCAGUGUGGUUCUGUCCCAAGGAUUACCCACCGUGAAUUUCGCCUCACACCUCAAACACUUGGAUUUUUUUCAUGUUUUUGGUAAAAGCGGCAUUUUUGCACGAUUGGCGCAGCACAAAAUACCCCCCUUUAGGCCUCUAGACUAUAUAGUCGUGUGUCGGACCCCGCCAAUAGACCAUGACUGUACUCAAAAGAAUCAUUUCUAUAGGUCAGUCUCCGCUUUGUUUAUCCAAAACAAGGCAAACCCACCGAUUCCGAUGAGGACGUGAAAGUCGGCAGAGCAGUGAUGGUUUUUCAGUGACUUUGAGCCUCUUUUGGCCCAUGUCCUGUUUUCGAUGACCUGCGGUCUUUUUCUCGAAAGAGACCGACUCUGCCGACGAUCCUGAG